UAAUCCAUGAAUAUCUGAAUAACUCCAUUCCACGACGAAAUUAGAAGUUAGAAAGAAAACCUUCCCCCAAAAACGUCACCUAAUUUUCCAUUCUUUUGUUUUUCACCCAUGGUUCAAAUUCCAGACCUCCAAAUUAAAAAAAUCAAAAACUCAUAAUGCACUCUUCCUCCUGCGACAACAACAACAACAAAAAAUCCCAAAUCUACACCCAAAUAAGAGAGAGAGAGAAAGAAAUGAUAAAUCAAACUCAAACUCAAACUCAAACUCAAAAAACUCCAUUUUUUUCUGCAUUAAUCCUCUGAUUAUUACUCCAUUGCCCUAAUAAUUAUACCAAAGAUUUAAAAAAGCAAUCCCAAAUCAUCAUCAUCAUCAUCUACUGAAACAACAAUUCCUCUCUUUUCUCUCUCCUGAUCCCACCAAUUAGACCAUUAACAUCAAUGGUGGGUGUUGGAGAGAUGAAGAGAUUGCGCAACUACUACUUAAAUCUUCGACACCCACAUCACCAAAACACCAUUUCAAUGGAGGGUCGAAGAAAAUGGAUCUUCCCACUUGCAAUUGGGUCAAUUCUAUCACUUUUCCUCCUAUUUCUAACAACCCUAACCACAUCUCCUUCUUCUCCUCUCCUCUCAUUUUACCGUUAUUCAUCAUCAUUAUCAUCUUCUUCAUCCUCCAUUUUUGUCGAAUCAAAGCUCCAUCCUGCUCCAAUCUCUGUCUCUAACCUCCCGACGCCGCCUCGGUUCGCUUACCUUGUAUCGGGUUCUUCCGGGGACGGCGUUUCGCUAAAGAGGACACUUCUAUCUCUUUACCACCCACAUAAUCAGUAUGUGGUGCACUUGGAUUUGGAGGCCUCCCCUCAAGAGAGGGGAGAAUUGGAGAGUUUUGUUAAGAAUCAUCCUGUUUUUAAGGAAUUUAAUAAUGUUAGGAUGAUUACUAAGGCUAAUUUGGUCACUUAUCGUGGUCCUACUAUGGUGGCUAAUACUCUUCAUGCUGCUGCUAUUUUAUUGAGGGAAGGUGGUCAUUGGGAUUGGUUUAUUAAUCUUAGUGCCUCUGAUUAUCCCCUUGUUACUCAGGAUGAUCUGCUGCAUGCUUUUUCUCGUUUGCCUCGAGAUCUGAAUUUCAUUGAUCAUACAAGCAACAUUGGCUGGAAAGAGUUUCAAAGAGCAAAACCAGUCAUUAUAGAUCCAGGAUUGUAUCAGACGAAAAAAGCUGAUGUAUUUUGGGUGACUCAAAGAAGAAGUGUGCCAACUGCCUUUAAACUCUUCACAGGGUCCGCUUGGAUGGCUCUUUCUCGUCCAUUUGUCGACUACUGCAUUUGGGGAUGGGACAAUUUACCACGAACUGUUCUCAUGUAUUAUGCAAAUUUUAUUUCCUCUCCAGAAGGCUACUUCCACACUGUCAUAUGUAAUGCACAGGAGUUCCGAAACACAACUGUUAGUACUGACCUCCAUUUCAUUUCAUGGGACAAUCCGCCCAAGCAGCAUCCUCACUAUCUCACUAUUGAGGACAUGACAAGAAUGGUCCAAAGUAAUGCUCCUUUUGCGAGAAAGUUCCACCGCGAAGAUCCAGUGCUUGACAAGGUUGACUCUGAGCUCCUUUCUCGAGGUCCAGGAAUGAUUGUUCCUGGUGGUUGGUGCACUGGGAGCGGAGAAAAUGGGACUGACCCAUGUUUGGUAGCAGGAAAUACUACAUUCCUGAGACCAACUUCUGGUGCAAAGAGGGUGGAAACACUUCUUAGUUCACUCUUGUCAGCUGAAAAGUUUCGGCAUAAUCAAUGCAAAUGAUGAGCUCCACCUGAUGGGAGCAAUUGUUGUAUCAAUUGUAUCAUUAAUUUCAGUAGGAAACAGAAGGAAGCAGCAGAUAAGUAUUACAUAGGGAAAAGAUAACACGACGAGAAUCAGUUUCCAGAGGUGUCAUACUAGCCCUGCUUCGACACGGUGUAUACAUAAUCAGUUAUUAUAUGAGGGUGUAGCCCAAUUUUCCCUUUUAUACUGAACUUGGAAAAACGGUCCUCUGUAGUACUAGAGGGGAACGCUGAGUUUCUAGAGCUGACUCAGAGAAGUUCUGUGAGCAGAAUCCUUGCCCUGAGAGGAUGAAUAGGAGGAAAUUAUCGCAUGGCUUCGAUGUUUAUAUGUAGGGCUCUGUAUUCUUCCACUUCCCACGCGUUUCCUGUAUUUGGACCACUUGUUAUAUGCUAUAGUUGUGUUCUGUAAUCAGCUUCAGUUCAUAAUGUUUGUAUCUAUGUCUCUGCAUUGUAUUUCACCUCUUGUUUACUGUAAUUGGAGCAUCACGUGUCCUUUUCUGUUAACAUUUAAUGAAGGUCUCAUUUUAUUUUUUUUA